AUGAACAUCAAGGGGGAUUCAGAGGAAGGGCCCGAAAUACUCACCCGCAGCAACUGGAAAUCAUGGAAGAAUGAGGUCGAGACACACGCCCGGAAAGAAGGAGUCUGGAAGUACUGCAACCCCGAUGCCCCAGAUGAAUACUACCCCGAGCUCCACGAACCCGAGAAACCACAUAUGUCUACGGUCCGACCCGAAGCAAAAUCCAUCGUUGACCUUGGAGAGGAUGACUUCGUCGAACUGUCCUCGAUCGUCGACCAAUACUGGAAGCAGAUGCGCGCAUACGAAAACAUUCAAACAAAACUGCAGAUCAUCUUUGAACUUAUCGAAAACCAUGUCGAUUAUGAACACUUCAGUCUCAUCAAACAUGCAGAAACGCCGCUGGAGCAGAUGGCUGUGCUAUCUGUUAAAUUCAAGAGAUCUCGCCUAGAAGAUCUGCAGCCAAGAUGGGAGCGUAUACAGAAACUGGCUAAUACGCCAGAUGUACAAGCUCUAUUCAAACUAUGGAAUUCCCUGUUCACAGACUGCGAGGGGUAUCUUUCUAGUUCCGCUCGAAGGCGGGAUGUCUUUUGGGACUGUGUGGAGAGCGCGGGAGAUAUCUCCGGGAACUGGCUACCUCUUACUUCCCAACACUGGAUUCACAAUCCCGAGCAUGAUUUGUCGAAGAACUACGGUGAUGUAUACGCUCAACCUCGUUCGCCGGCUAGAUGUGAUUCUAUCACUUCCCAACACUGGAUUGAACACUCGGACCACGUUGAGCCGAAGAAUGAAGAUGAUUGCACUCAGCCUAGUUCACCAGCUAGACGGGAGUCUAUCACCUCCCUGGGCUGGAUUAAGACCCCCGACGAUUCCGAACCGAGAAACUACACGGAUUUAUACGUUCGAUCUCGUUCACCGGCUAACAAUUUUGAGCCGAGCUAUGGGGACGAUUGUGCUCAACUUCGUUCACGGGCUAGACGGGGGUCUAUUGCUUCUCGGUACCGGCGACGCUACUACGAGCCUGUAGGGUCGACUGAGGGCGCGCCUAACGCUUCUCAGUACUGUACUAAUAACUACGAGCCUACUGUGUCGAAUGGGCGUACUUCUCUGAGUCCUCAGCCUGGUUCUGUGGCAGAUCGGAGUGAUCAGCGUGAAGGUUUGGAGAUAACGGGUCUUGUACGAUCAUUGAGACUGCCCGGGAUGGAAGAAAGUGAAACCUAA